AUGCUGGAGGCAGUGGUACGAGAGCUCGUAAUCACGGCGCUGUUCAUUGCACUGGGGGCGCCACUGGUGCAUUACCUGUGGUUCCUGUUGCGGAGGGCUCUUCGACGAGAUUUGCCGCCUGGACCACGAGGCUUGCCUCUUCUGGGUUACCUGCCCUUUAUGACCAAGGACGUACAUCAGAAAAUCAACACGCUGCGACGGAAGUACGGCGACGUGUUCGGGCUCCACCUCGGUUUCCGGUACGUGGUCUUCCUGUGCGACUUCGAGCCAAUAAAGGAGGCCCUCUCGAAAGAUGCACUGCUUGAUCGGGCUGAAGAGUUUCCCCUCAAUGUUCACGAGAAAUCUCAGAGCAUCAUUAUAGCUAAUGGGCCACGGUGGAAGGAGCAGCGCAUGUUCAUGUCGAAGGCACUGAGGACACUGACGCCGACUCUGGAGAUGCACGCACAUAAAGAAUUGUCGAACCUGGUGCACGAGCUGGCAUCCAGCAAGGGCGAACCCGUGGCCAUCGCCUCGCUGUUGACACCCAGCACGUCCAACGUCAUGACGGCGCUGGUGUAUGGUCGGAGGUUCGAGUACGGCAGCCCCGAACGGGUUGAGCUGGACGAGCUCGCUCAUGUGAUCCCGGCGUUGUCGGCCCAGGUGUUGGCCAUCAACUUCUUCCCGUGGCUGCGUAGAGUGAUCUCCCUCCUUUCCGUAGGAGCCUGCGGGAGGCUGAGGAGUGCCAUGAUACGUAGGGAUCACUUGUCAGAGUCCUUUAUAGACGUUCACGAGAAAACCUACCAAGACGGCAUGUGUCGCGACUAUGUCGACAGUUUUCUCGGUGAGAUGAAAAGACAUGGACAACAGAAAAAAACGUUAACACGCGACGUUCUCACGAGCAACGCGUCUUCAUUCUUCGGCGCCGGAAGCGAGACGCUGCGCUCCACGACAGAGUGGCUUCUGAUGAUGUGCGCAGCCAAGCCGGAAAUGCAGGCCCGCAUGCGCACCGAGAUCGACUCCGUGAUCGGCGACAGGAGUCCGGGAUCACACGUCCUGUGGGAAGACCGCACCAGGACGCCGUACACGCAGGCCUUCAUCUGGGAGAUGGCGCGCUGCGAGCCAAUCAACCCUGUCGGCUUCAUGCGACGUGCGAGAGGGGACGUCAGAGUGAGCGGUUACGUCAUUCCAAGAGACAGCAUCGUGAUUCCUUCGCUGAGGUCCGUCUUCGAGGACAAGUCCUUCUGGAAGGACCCGGAAGUCUUCCGGCCCGAACGCUUCCUGAUCGACGGAGGCGUCCGGGCAGCCAAGCCAGAACGGCUCAUCGCCUUUUCGUACGGCAAGCGCUCGUGCCCCGGCGAGGGGGUCGCCAACGUGGUGACGUUUCUCUUCCUCACCACCAUCCUGCAACACUUCACCGUCGAGGUUCCUCCCGGUGGGCCGCCACUGGCUUUCGACGAGGUCUUGGGCCUCUCGCUUCGACCGCGAUCGCAGAAGCUCGUCUUUCGCGCCAGAGAAGUGCUCAUCUGA